AUGGCACCAAAGAAAAACAUUCUUCUCGUCAUCGCCGACGACAUGGGCAAGUCGCUCGGCUGCUAUGGCGAUUCCACGAUUUCGACGCCCAACAUCGAUCAAUUAGCUGCUGAAGGCACAUUGUUCGACAACGCUUUCGCCAGUACAGCCUCUUGCAGCGGGAGCAGAUCGGUCAUUUAUACGGGGCUCCAUACGCACCAGAACGGGCAAUAUGGACUGCAGCACAGCAACCAUCAUUUUUUGACCUUUGACCAUAUUGAGACAGCUCCCAAGCUUUUCCAGACUUUUGGCUACCUCACCGGCAUCAUUGGGAAGAUUCACGUUGGCCCAGAAAAUGUGUACCCAUGGGAGGUGCGAAGAGAAAGCCCAACACGAGAUGUUUCUUGGGUUGCAGAGGAAGCCGAUUCAUUCUUUCAAUCAGCAAAGGAAGAUUCACGUCCCUUCUUCCUCACAGUUGGCUUCAUGGACCCUCACAGAGACUCAACUCGCGGAGGAUUCGGCAACGGCGACGACAGCGUAUCGGGUCCAGAUGCCACUUACGACCCUGCAAAAAUUACAGUACCUAGCUUUCUCAACGAUAUCCCCGAGGUCCGCCAAGAAAUAGCAGAGUAUUAUCGAUCCGUCGGUCGGGUGGACAGAGGAUUUGGCCUGAUUAUGAAUGCUUUGAAGAAAGCUGGCUUGGACGACGAUACGCUUGUAGUCUUGACAAGCGACAACGGACCGCCUUUUCUCAAUUCAAAAACUACUCUCUACGAUGCGGGAGUGAGAUUACCUCUCAUCAUAAGACGGCCACAAGGAAAAUCUGCAGUGAAGAAUCCAAAUCUCAUUUCAUUCAUCGACAUUUUGCCGACUUUUAUCGAUUGGGCUGGACAAAGCCCUACUGCAACUUCAAUGUCAAACUCUCCGCCUCGGCCAGGCCGUUCAUUUCUUCCCAUCAUUGACCAAACUAGUGUACAUGACAAUUGGUCUAGAGUAUUCGGAUCUCAUACUUUUCACGAGGUCACAAAUUACUAUCCCACAAGAUUUUUGCGCACAGCGAGAUACAAAUACCAUCGCAACAUCGCCUGGAAGCUCGACUUCCCCUUCUCAACUGAUCUUUAUGCCUCUCUGUCAUGGGAGGGAAUUCGAAACUCGAAAUUCCCAAUAAAGGUUGGGGAGCGACCAUUGGAGGCAUACAUCCGCCGGCCCCCCGAAGAGCUGUAUGAUAUGGACGAAGAUCCGAGGGAGGUACAAAAUCUCGCGGAUCGCCCGGAAUACAAAGAAUUACUGAUGGAAUAUCGACAAGAGCUAGAGGCUUGGCAGCGACUAACGCAAGAUGCGUGGCUGGUCCGAGAUGGAGUGUCGUUGUCGGAAAUGCAAGGACACAUAGAUGCCGGAUUGCAGAUCCCAGAUCGUUUCGAUUUCGACCUUGCAGCACCUGGAAAUAAGGCGCUGUAG